AAAAUUUCGAACCUAACUCUCAUCUCGUUAACUAUCCCGCCGCCAGACAAGCCUCUCACCACCAUUCUGUCCCAGCCUCCUCUUUCUCUUCUCGCGUUCAAGUUUCCAACAACUAGGAAAUUUAUUGAGCUUUAAAUGGAAGGAUUAAGCGUAGCAGAUGCUAAUUUGGUGAUGUAUUUACACCCAUCAAAGAGUAGGAACGUGUCUCAGUCGAUUCUCCGUGAGCUUGGCUCUUUGCUAUUCAAGUUCAAUGAAACAUUUGAUGGUGUUUUAUUGGCCUAUGAUGUCAAUAUUCUGGAUAAACAGGCGAAGAUUCUUUCUGGUGUUCAUCCUUAUUUUGGUCUUAGACUAAAAGCAAAUCUCCUACUUUUUUCACCAAAGCCAGAUAUGCUCUUAGAGGGGAAGGUAGUGAAGCUUUCUCAAGAAUCUAUUCAUGUCAUUGUUCUCGGUUUCUCGUCUGCCAUCAUAACAGCUGAAAACAUUCGUGGAGAAUUUAAAUAUAGAACCAAAGACACAGAGGAACUAUUUGCCAGCAAAUCUCACAAGCGACAUGUCAUAAAGGUUGGAACCAUGAUCCGAUUUUUAGUCAAGAGUUUCGAUGAGGAAAUACUUCAUAUCAUUGGAUCUCUGAUAUCAGCUCACACAGGAAGCAUUCGUUGGUUGGAUAGGCAUUUGGAGGAAGAUUCAAAAUUUGAUAGGAGUUCUAUGAAGAGUAGAGAUAGAGAAUGGCUUGGGGAUAAAACUGUUGAUGAGGGAGCAACUCCCAUGAGCUACGAUAAUCAUAUUAAAAUGUCCAAAAAGCGUAGGAUCACAGAAUGAUGGUGAUGAUUGCUUCAAAUUACUAAUUAUAUAGGGAGAUUUCUGGUUGUCAGUGCAGGUAGUGGGGAGUGGUGGGCUGAAGGUCCAUAUAGAUGAAGGUAUAUUGCUUCUGGUGAUUGCUUCGGUAAGGAAUUGUUCUUCUGUUGAAGCUUGCUAAAAUUUUGAAAUCUUCUCUUCAAUUUUUGUGGUCGUUGUUUUGUAUGUGACCAAGAUUGAAAAUCCAGAUUCCCAAGUUGAUAAAAGAGAUUGCAAUUUUUUUCUCCUGUGAAGUAGGCGAUUUUUGUUUCCUAGUGAUGUAUGUUGAGUGACUUUUUUGUACGUUGUACAAGUAUAGACUUGGUCUUAUCUAUAAUAUGUUAACAUCAAAUUUAGCAAAAGGAAA